AUGAAGCAGAAUACAAAGACUGUAAGAAUGUUCAUAAUCAGUUGUUUUCUGCUCAUUUUGGGUCAAGCGACAGAGAAUGACAGUGACUUUCAGACAUGUGGAACAUGGCGCCAUGGCAAUGUAUCCCGAAAUCUGAAAUAUAAUUUGAAAAUAGGCUGUAAGGAAAUCAUGAUUUCAGCAAACAACAACACGCUCUCUAUUCAGGGCAGUAUAACCGCAAAGUGCACACAGUCUGGAUCCAUUCUUCUAGAUUCGAGCCCUCAAAAGAAUCAAAGUAAUUUCUGUGUAUUCUGGGAGCCACUCUUGGACCUGCUGAAAGUGGAGGUGAAUGGAAAGGACCAUACUCUGUGUGACUCAAGUGGCCUUCACAAAAACUGCUGCACUGACCUCUCACUAGGGUCCCAGAAAAAUGCCAGUCUGUAUGGUAUUGUAAAUGGCAGCAUCAAAGGUGAUAUCAUCCAGCACAAUAUCAUGGAAGAAUAUGUAUUUCAUGGGGCUUCAAUCAACUGCAAGAAGAAGAUCUGUGAUGAGGCACGCCAGCAUGGCAUGAUAGAGGAAGUGGUGAUGAAAUCCAAUGCAAAAGGUCUUGUGAAUCUACCUUGUGCCCAGAGCACUGUCAUCGAAAUGGAAGAGGGCUUCACUGGACUCAAUUUGACUCUGCCUGCCCCCCGAAGUGUGCCAGCAAAUACAAUACCAUCAGUUUAUCUUCCCUCCUGCCUGAAAUCAGCAUCAAGGAAAAAAUCCAAAGUGGUUUGUACAUACUACAGGAACAGUGCGUCACUGAAAUUAUUUCAGAGGGAAUCAACUGAUUCAACUCUUCUUGAUGACGUAGUUGGAAUCUCUGUGGAGAACGAGAUAAUCACCAACCUCCCAGAACCUGUCAGAAUCAGGUUCCAUCACUCUACCUUGCCAGUUAAUCAUCCUAGAAGAUGUGUUUCAUUGGAUACAAGAAAAGACAAAGUGAUGUGGAGGUUAGAGGGUUGUCAAACUGUUUACAUCAAUGCAGAAGAGACAGAGUGCAGUUGUAAUAAACUUACCGGUACAUACUUCUUUAUUCUUGUGCAAGUGGAACAGAGGGCUUCAGUUCACCAUUUAGAGGCUCUGACGUACAUUAUCGCUGUGGGCUGUGCUGUUUCCUUAGUGAGCUGCUUGGUUCUCUUCUACUUACUUUGUAAACGAAGAGGAGGGCAAAACCAGUCCUCAUUGGUGGAUUGUGGUCUGGUGGUGGCAAUAUUUCUUCAGUGUCUGUUCAUCCUUACCGGUACACUUGCAAAUGUGGGAAAUUACACCUUUUGUAAAAUAACGGGGGCUCUUCUGCAUUAUGCGCUACUUAGUACUCUCUGCUGGAUGACUGUAAAAGUGUUUCACACAUUCUUGUUAUUCUGCUGUGUACUCAGUUCAACUCUCCCACCAUGGGUCUUUUACUUGGCAGGCUUUGGUGUUCCAGCCAUAUUAGUUUGUAGACUGCUCUUUAUAGGUGAUAUUUAUGGCUUAAGGAAUAUUGUGCCCAGUGAUGAAAUGACUAGUCUUUACCGCAUGUGCUGGAUGUUGUACAAUGAAAAGAGCAGAUUGGCUCAUUACAUUAUUAAUUUAGGCUUACUGGCUGUUGUAGUGAGCUCCGGUGUGGUCAUGCUUUUCUAUGUGGUGAUAAAGUUUCGGAACCGAUCAGAUUGGAAGAACCACCGUGUAGCUUUUCUCAGUAUCUGGGGCCUCAUCUGUCUGUUUGGCACAACAUGGGUCCUGGGUUUCCUCGACAGCUGCCCUCUCUCAAAGGCCACCCUCUUCCUCUUCUUAAUUAUCAUUUCCUUACAAGGAGUUUUUCUCAUGCUGCGAUACUGUGCUCUUGAACGGAUGACAAAGAGACAUGAAUUCAGUUCAGAUGGGGGCAGUACAGGAUCUGUUAUGUUACAUACAUUACAGGCUCAUGAAAAGAGAUGAAAUUCUACAAAUUAGAUUUGUAGCAGAGCUUAUAGUAUAGAAUACAGUUUUGCAGAAUUAUUGUUUUAAUAAAAAUGUGUUAUUAGGUGGUUGUGCUUAUGUAUGUUCUUAGCUGAGUUUUUAUGACAUAUGUAAACACAUGCCAAAAUAUGUCUUGAAGAAACACUCACUGAGCACUUUAUAAGAAACAAUAGGGCCCUAAUAAAGUGGUCUUCUGCUGUUGUCACCCAUCUGCCUCAAGAUUCGAUGUGUUGUGCAUUCUGAGAUACUAUUUUGCUCACUACAAUUGUACAGAGUGAUUAUCUGAAUUACUGUAGCCUUUGUCAGCUCGAACCAGUCUGGCCAUUCUCCGAUGACCUCUCUCACCAACAAGGCUUUUCUGUCUGCAGAACUGCUACUCACUGGAUGUUUCUUGUUUUUGGCACCAUUCUGAGUAAACUCUAGAGACUGUUGUGUGUGAAAAUUCCAGGAGAUCAGCAGUUACAGAAAUACUCAAACCAGCCCGUCUGUCACUAUCUAUCAUGCCACUGUUAAAAUCACUGAGAUCAUAUUUUAUUAUCAAAUAUCUAUAUUAUAUAUCCUCAUUCUCAUUGUUGAUGUGAACAUCCUGACCCAUAUCUGCAUGAUUUUAUACAUUUCACUGCUGCCACAUGAUUGGCUGAUUAGAUAAUCACAUGAAUGAAUAGGUGUACAAGUGUU